AUGGGGAAAGAUUCUGAUGAUUUGAACCGCGCAGCUUGGGAACGAUGCAACCAUGUGGUACAAUCUUGGCUUACUAAUUUUGUUUCUGAUUUCAUUGCUCAAACUAUUGUUUUCUAUGAUACUGCCUUUGAUGUUUGGCAUGAUCUGCAAGAAAGAUUUUCUAAGGUUGAUCGUAUACGCAUUGCUAAUCUGCGUUCUACCAUUAACAACCUCAAGCAAGGUUCUAAAUCUAUAUUGCAUUAUUUCACUGAAAUGAAGGCACUUUGGGAAGAAUUAGCUUCACACAGACCCAUUCCUAGUUGUUCAUGGAUUCACACAUGUCGUUGUGAAGCUUCUAGAGUUGCUAAAACUCAUAGGAAUGACGACUAG